GCAUUCUCUGCCUCUGAGGCCUUUCUAACCAAGCCUUCCAUCGCCCUGAAUAUCCCAAACAGGAUGAGACUACCUCCUUAUCCAUUGUUGUGCUCUUGAACCCUUUUUAGUAUACCAUGGAAAACCACACCCCCCCGGUCGGCUCCUUGUUGCCGGGCGGCCACGAACCCGACCCCCGGGAGGCUGACAUUCUCGCUCACCACCUGGACCCGCAGUUCACCGCAUCGUUACACGACCAGUACCAAUCUCCGUCGGAGAAUGGUAACGACAAUGGAGAGUCGAGUAGCACCGCUGCUGCGCCCGAGCCUCAGUCCUCCCUCACGCUACAAGGCGGUGACGUCCACCGUGACCUCUACCGCAUCGAAGCCAAGUCCAAGCAGGCCAAACUAGACAAGCGAGCCUACAGCUUUUCCUACCCUCACCGCGAGCCCGAGGAUGCCAUCGAGGAGGGCGUGGCUGCUCUAGAGCCAGGGAGCUUUCGACGCCAUUUCAUCCAGCAUCAUCGACAUGCCGACUUUGAUCAUCCCCGCGUGACUACCUCUUUCGUGGACUUCUUGGACUUGUACGGAAAUUUCGCUGGCGAGGACUUGGUUGAUACCGAGGAGGAUGAUGAGUCGGUUGCCAGUGAGGACCGACGCCCUCGACACCCGGAGGAGGGCCCAAGACAUGUCUCGGAACGCACGGCGUUGCUGGGAUCUCGAAAACGGUCGCGUGUUGGCCAACCGGGAGAUGCCUCCGACAUGAAAGCCUUUCUGACCUUGCUCAAGGCAUUUGUCGGCACUGGAAUUAUAUUCCUGCCUAGGGCCUUUCGCAACGGAGGUAUUCUCUUCUCGUCCAUCACCCUGGUGACGGUCGCGAUUAUCAGCACAGCGUGCUUUAACCUGCUAUUGCAAUGCCGUCGUCAAUACGGAGGCGGAUAUGGUGACAUCGGUGAACGGAUCUCCGGUCCUCAACUGCGCUCCCUCAUUCUUAGUUCGAUCGCUAUCUCCCAGGUGGGAUUUGUCUGUGCUUGUAUCAUCUUCACCGCGGAGAACCUGCACGCUUUCCUCCAGGCUGUAACCGCCAACCCGGAUUUCCUCAUCUCGGCUGGCUACUUGAUCGUUCUGCAGUUGGUCAUUCUUAUCCCGCUGGGGUGGAUCCGCAACAUCUCCAAAUUGGGCCCGAUCGCCCUCAUUGCGGAUGCAUUCAUUCUCUUGGGCCUGGCCUACAUCUACUGCUAUGACCUUGCCGCACUGAUGUCCCGCGGCAUGGAGCCUACCGUCAAGCUGUUCAACCCAAGCUCUUUUACUUUGACGAUUGGAUCCUCCAUCUUCACAUUUGAAGGGAUUGGGUUGAUACUUCCCAUCCAGUCGUCUAUGAAGCAGCCGGAGCACUUCAAUCGGCUUCUCUACCUUAUCAUGACCAUCAUCACGAUUCUUUUCACCGCUGUCGGCGCUCUCUCCUAUGCUACAUUUGGCGAGAGCACGCAGACAGAAAUCUUCAGUAACUUCCCGCAGACUGACCCUUUUGUGAAUACGAUUCAGUUCCUCUAUGCCCUCGCGAUCCUGGUCGGCACACCCAUUCAGAUGUUCCCCGCCGCCCGCAUCAUCGAGGGUAAACUAUUCGGACCGAAAUCCGGUAAACACGACAAAUCCAUCAAAUGGAAGAAGAACGUGUUCCGCACCGUGCUUGUUAUCUGCUGCGGAGUCAUCUCGGCCGCCGGCGCAGGGGAUCUGGACAAAUUUGUCUCGUUGAUAGGGUCCUUUGCCUGCGUUCCGCUGGUGUAUAUCUACCCCGCAUAUUUGCAUUGGAAGGGAGUGGCUGAAUCCCCAUGGGCCAAGCGAGGUGAUAUGGUCAUGGUUGCCCUUGGGGUUGUCUUCAUGAUCUACACCACCUCCGCCACGGUGUCCGUGUGGAUUCAGGGUUGAUUCGCUGGUCGUGUUGCCAGUGCCUCGCCGUAGAAAUUGCAUGCCCUUGCGUCCUUGUCAGCCCUUUGGAUAUUUGUCUCCGCCCGACCCUUGAACGAAUCAACGACCCUACGAAGUACCCGGAUAUGAUUUGACCACCUGUUUUCGAAAUUACAGCCGCUUGCAAAAGCAUCUUCCCCGUUCACGCGCUUAACGAUCUCGAUUUGAAAAGCAUUUUACUAGACAAAGCUAAUUCUUCCGAGCUUAGUUACGAAUCACUUCAUUGAAUCCCAGAUGCGGGCCGUUGUAAUUGUAUCGCAGUAUAUAAAAGAAUAAAACAAGCUUGAUCAGGC